CAUUACAAGAAGAAUUCAAAUCUUUUAACAAAAAUACAAAAUGCGUUGCUAAUGAUGAAGCUUGUAUUGGCAAAGAUUUUUCCCAAUGCGUAACUACAAUAGAAAAUGGUAAAACUGUUGAUAAAUUCGUCACCACUUCUUGUAGUGGUGGUGGUUUAGAAUGCGUUGUAUUACCAUUGGUUUUGAAAUGUGGCCCAUUACUUGUGGUAAGAUUGGACAAAGCUCGUGGUAAAACAACUGCCGGUAAUAAUCCAUCUAAAAGAUCACCUAAAGAAUCAACGCCUAACGACAUGGCUAAAAUUCGUAAAUUGAAUGCUGAUGACGCUGAUGCAUUAGAAAAAAAGUUCAAAUCCUUCAAAGCUGAUCAAAAAUGUUCACCAAAUGAACCGCUUGUAUUAAUGGUUAAUUGCUAA